ACUGUUAAGGCUAAAACCGUAAUCUUAUCUUCUUCUCUCCACUUCGAGUUCAACUGCCCAGCUCAAUCCCCACCCUUUUUUUGUUAACGGUUACUUCAAAGCUUCACAAAAACCAUAUCCCAUCUUCAUAUUUGCCUUAUUUUUCUCCUCAUUCGAAUCCGAGCAAAAUCUAAAUCCUUUCUGAAAUUUCAUCCAGUCAUGAAGAAGCAGAAGGUCUCUGAAAUGAUCAAUCUCUUUGAUCUUCUCUCAGAGGAGAUCUUUUUCGUAAUCUUAGACUGCCUUAACACGAACCCGCUUGACAAAAAAUCAUUUUCUUUAGUCUGCAAGUCUUUUUACUCUAUAGAAUCUAAACAUAGGAAGAAACUCAAGCCUCUUCGCCAAGAGCAUCUCCCGAAAAUUCUCACGCGUUAUCCGAGCAUAACACAUCUCGAUCUCAGUCUUUGUCCUCGAAUAACUGACAAUUCAUUGACAACUAUAUCGACUGCUUGUAAAUCUACGCUUCGUUCUAUUGAUCUUUCGAAAUCAGGAGCUUUUACUGGUUCUGGGUUGAUGAGUUUAAGUCUCAACUGUAAGAAUUUGGUGGAGAUUGAUAUUUCGAACGCGAUUGGUUUAAAGGAUGCCGGAGCAGCGGCGUUGGCUGAAGCGAAAAAUCUGGAGAAGUUGUGGAUGGGAAGAUGUAAGCUUGUUACCGAUAUGGGGAUCGGUUGUAUUGCGGUUGGGUGUGAAAAGUUGAAGGUGAUGAGCUUGAAGUGGUGUUUAGGUGUCGGAGAUUUGGGUGUUGGUUUAAUCGCGGUCAAGUGUAAGGAGAUUCGUAGCCUAGAUCUCUCUUAUUUGCCGAUUACAAAUAAAUGUUUGCCAUCGAUCUUGAAACUACAAUAUCUUGAAGAUUUAGUUUUGGAGGGGUGCUUUGGUAUUGAUGAUAACAGCCUUGCAGCCCUUAAACAUGGAUGCAGGUCACUUAAGGCACUUGAUAUGUCAAGUUGUCAAAACAUUAGUCACCUUGGCUUGUCAUCUUUAACAAGUGGUACUGGAGGUUUACAGCAACUUACCUUGGCUUAUGGCUCUCCAGUAAGUCUUCUACUUCUUCGUCUCUCUAUAUCAUCUAAUGGCUUAUUCCUUAGCCAUUUUUUACAAUUUAGCAGUGGUGAUUGUCAGGUUACUCUUGCUCUUGCUGAUGGUUUGAAGAAGCUUUCCAUGUUGCAAUCAAUCAAAUUAGAUGGUAGUGUGGUUACUUGUGCUGGAUUGAAGGCCAUUGGAAACUGGUGUGUAUCACUAAAGGAGUUGAGCUUAAGCAAGUGUUUUGGAGUGACUGACGAAGGUCUCUCAUCUGUUGUCACAAAACACAGAGACUUGAAGAAGCUAGACAUCACGUGUUGUCGCAAAAUUACUGAUGUUUCUAUUGCCCAAACUACAAGUUCAUGCACCAUGCUCAUUUCUUUUAAGAUGGAAUCCUGCACCUUAGUUCCUAGGGAAGCAUUUGUUCUUAUUGGACAACGGUGCCAUUUUCUUGAAGAGCUUGAUCUGACAGAUAACGAAAUUGAUGAUGAAGGUCUGAAGUCCAUCUCAAGAUGUUCCAAACUCUCCAUAUUGAAGUUAGGAAUUUGUCUAAACAUUACUGGUGUCGGCCUGGCCCAUGUUGGCAUGAGCUGCUCAAAACUGGUAGAGCUUGACUUGUACAGGUCUGUGGGAAUAACAGAUGCAGGUGUUUCAGCAAUUGCCCAUGGUUGCCCUGACCUUGAGAUGAUUAAUAUAUCCUACUGUAAAGACAUUACUGAUACUUCCUUAAUAUCUUUAUCAAAAUGCUCAAGUUUAAACACAUUUGAAAGCCGAGGAUGCCCUCUUAUCACAUCUUUAGGUCUCACAGCCAUUGCUGUGGGAUGUAAGCAACUCAUCAAGCUAGAUAUAAAGAAGUGUCACAACAUCAACGAUGUUGGAAUGCUUCCACUUGCUCACUUCUCUCAAAACCUAAGACAGAUUAAUUUAUCCUACACUUCAGUUACAGACGUGGGGCUCUUGUCGUUGGCCAGACUCAGUUGUUUACAGAGCAUGACAAUUUUGCACUUGAUAGGCUUGACUCCGAGAGGACUGGCAGCUGCCCUGUUGGCAUGUGGAGGGCUAACUAAAGUCAAACUUCAGGCAUCCUUUAAAUCACUGCUACCCGAACUGCUUUUUAAACAUCUAGAAGCACGUGGUUGCGUGUUUCAAUGGAGAGAUAAAGGGUUUCAGGAAGAAUUGGACCCCAAGUGCUGGAAGUUGCAGGUGGAAGAUAUGAUGGGUGGAGGAUACUAAAAAAUCCCAUCUCAGAAAAUGUUUGUUCCACAACGUGAAGCAGGCAGAUUCUUCAAAAACUUGCUCCCUUUCUUUAUCAGUUCAACUUAUUGUACGUUUCUCGAUCGGUGGAGAAAUAUGAACAUACUUUUUACUCGUCCAUUUUUGAAUUAAUUGUCUGUUUCAAGCCACAAAUUGUUGAGCCAAAUGGCUGUAGGUCUGUUUCGAUUAAUUGUUCAUAAAUUGAUUGUCACAUGUUGAAGCAUUACAACCCAAAACGACUGCGUUCUGCAAGUGAAGGAGACAAACGUAGCGUUUCGAGAUGCAAUUCAUCGGCUUAAGUGAUGUCGUUUUUUAAGUUUGGUAGAACAAGGUAGUUGUAGUUCGGGAGAGAGAAAUGCAUUCUGAUGUAAAGAAAGAAAGGAAUAGGGUGUUGUGUGAGUGGCAAUGAUUCCUCUUUUAAGAAGAGAUUUCGUUGUAAUGAGAAUGAUUAUUUUACAGAAAUGAAUUCAUUCUUCCUUCUGU